AUGGAAGUCUCCCUUCUCCUUAUGCGAUGUGAAGUGUGGAGUACAUGGUUUGUAGAUUUAACCGAUUCUGCGAACAGCAUACUUCAAGCUAAUGUUCAAUUGUUGGCUCAUGCAGCAGGAAGACCGGUAGCUUAUGGAUAUACUGAAGUAGGAACCAUUAGUAAUUACCCGGAACCAGUUAUUGGGGGCGGUUUGAGUGCAAAAGGCUACAGAUCUCCAUUUGAAGAUUCAUUAGCAAGUCAAAGACAAGAUAUUGCAGUGGGCAGUAGUCCAGGACUGAUGGAUAUGGCAGACAUAGGUCAUGAAAGGGCCAAUUCUCUUGGUCUCAGAACUGCUGAUUGCGAUCCAAUUUCGUCUCGGGAAUCAAACAUUAUUUUCGUUGAUGGACUUCCUACAGAUUGUACUAGGAGAGAAGUAGGCCAUCUUUUCCGCCCAUUUAUUGGCUAUAAAGACAUCAGAGUUGUUCACAAGGAGCCCAGACGGUGUGGAGAUAAGGCUACGGUAUUAUGUUUUGUCGAGUUCAUUGAAGCAAGAUAUGCCCGGGCUGCAAUGGAAGCUCUUCAAGGUUACGAGUUCGAUGACAAAAAAACUGAUUCCCCUGCUUUGAAGAUUCAAUUUGCACAUUUUCCUUUCCGCUUACCAUCUAACCACGAUGACGGGCGAUGAACUUACAAGUAUGGUUUCCUGUUAGGUGCCCUGUGGAUCCUGUGAAAUAGUAGAAGUUUAUUCCCAGGCAGAACAUAGAAUAAAAUGGUUCAAAUGAAGCAUUUGGCAAAAUGGUGGUUAUCACCCUAUCUGAUCUUACAACAGUUUUCAGUUUUUGAUGUGGGUCGGGAUGAGCCCAGAGAAGAAUCCAAUAGCCAUUUUCCGAAAAUCAAAAUCAUGUUUGGUUUCAGACAUCUUCUGCUUUGGAUUAUGAAAAUGACACAGGGAUAAAGAUUCCUGACGAAGUUUUACAGAGAGGGGGAGGACAAGGGGUCAAAAUUCACAUUUUUCAAGCUUGUGGGGUUUGAAAGCUUAGAAUUUCCUAUCACAAGGGAUACAAAGUUAAAUUCCAUUAUCGAGUAAUUAUAGUUUCAAACAAAUGCUUCAAGACCUGCCUUGGGGCCUGGGGAUACCAAUUAAAGCUGUUCCAACUAAAGCAUUGACCGUGAUGGAAACCCCAAAAAAUGGAGCUGGUGCAGGUACGUACACACCCACAUUAAAGGGGUAAAGAAUAAGAAGGAAGCUUUUAAAAGAAUUGAACAUUUCAUUUAAAUUCCAUUCUGUCUGUCAUGUCUAGGAAUCUAACCUGUAUAUGGCUCUAAACUACAAAUAUUUCUUUGUGA